AUGGUUGUGCAAUCUAUGUAUAACUGCGCUCUUCUUUACCAUUUUUCGUUAUCUAUUUUUAUUGCGUUGUUCUUUGUCGUUUUCUGUCGACAUGGUAGAGCGUGGCCUCCGUACUCUUCAGGGCCUUUGGAAGGGCAAGUUGCAUAUGAAAGAGAGACAUAUGAGCUUGGUGUGGGUUUGGUUUCUCAAUAUGCGCAUGAAAGUAGAAAAGAAGCAAUUCAGCGUACAAUUGCUGCAAUGACACUUGGAAAAGAUGUUUCUGGACUUUUUCCUGAUGUUUUGAAGAAUAUUGCAACACCUGAUCUUGCUCAGAAGAAGCUUGUCUAUUUAUAUUUGAUGAACUAUGCUAAAACACAUCAAGAUCUAUGUAUUCUUGCUGUUAAUACAUUUGUUCAAGAUUCAGAGGAUCCAAAUCCUUUAAUACGGGCAUUAGCUAUUAGAACGAUGGGAUGUAUCCGUGUUAAUAAGAUUGUUGAUUAUCUGUUUGAACCGUUGCGGAAAACUUUGCGUGAUAAUAGUGCAUAUGUGAGGAAAACUGCAGCAAUAUGCGUUGCAAAGUUGUUUGAUAUAAGUCCUGAAGCAGCUAUUGAGAAUGGAUUCUUGGAGAUAUUACAAGAGUUGCUUAAUGACACCAGUCCGAUGGUUAUAUCAAAUGCAAUGGCUGCAUUAAUUGAUAUUAAUGAGCGGAUGCCUAGUCUUCAGAUAGAAGUUGUUACAUCAUUGAGGCUUUCAAGAAUGUUAUCUAUAUUGAAUGAAUCCACCGAGUGGGAACGGGUUAUGAUCCUGGGCUCGUUGUCAGAAUAUACUGCUGCAAAUGCGAAAGAAGCAGAAAAUAUUUGUGAGUAUGUGACACCGCAGUUUCAACAUGCAAAUAUGAGUGUUGUAAUGGCUGCUAUACGAGUGGUUAUGCGUAAUUUACCGUUUAUGAACAAAGAUAUGACGAAACAGCUUAUACGGAAAAUAACUCCAUCUUUAGUGACUCUUGUAUCGUCGAUUCCUGAGGUUCAAUAUGUUGCUUUAAGGAAUAUUAAUCUUAUUCUCCAAGAAUAUCCUAAUAUUCUUAACAAAGAGAUUAAAGUUUUUUUUUGCAAAUAUAAUGAUUUAGAAUAUGUAAAAUUAGAGAAAUUGGAUAUUAUAAUAAAGCUUGCAAAUAAACAAAAUAUAGAUCUGAUACUUAUGGAAUUAAAAGAGUAUGCUUCAGAAGUAGACGUUGAUUUCGUUAGGCGUUCUAUUAAGAUUAUUGCUCAGUGUGCUAUAAAAAUUGAAGAAAGCGCAGAUCGAUGCGUUAAUUUGCUUUUAAACCUUAUUAAUACAAAAGUUAAUUAUGUAGUCCAAGAAUCUGUUAUUGUUAUUAAAGAUAUUUUUCGAAAAUAUCCUCAUACUUACGAUGGAUCUAUGUCAAUUAUUUGCGAAAAUAUGUCUUUAUUUGAUGAACCUAAUGCAAAAAGUUCUUUCAUAUGGAUUGUCGGGGAGUAUAGUGAAAAAAUUAGCAAUUCCCGAAAUAUUUUAGCUUCAUAUAUUAAAAAUUUUAAGCACGAAGAUACACAGACUCAGUUACAACUUUUGACUGCGACAGUUAAAUUAUUCUUGAAAAGUCCUUCAAAUAAUGAAGAAAUUAUACAAAGAAUUUUUGAAAUAAUAACAACAGAAUGUGAUAUUCCGGAUAUACGUGAUCGUGCUUAUAUUUAUUGGCGCUUACUUUCAAGUAACUUUGAAAUAACAAAAGAAAUUGUGUUAUCGAAUAAAAUACCUGUAUUUGAUAAAAAGCUUUCUCCGCAUUUAUUAAAAGAGUUGAUACUUGAAUUCUCAACGCUUUCAUCAGUUUUUCAUAAAUUAGUUCCUGCAUAUAUAAAUUUAGAUAAAGAUGGAAACGAUUUAAUGAAACAAAGGGCCAUAGAGGAAUACAUACAAAUAAAUAAUGAAAAUAAAAUUCAGGCGAAUUCUAAGAGGAAUUUAGAGAACCUUUUAGACAUUGAUUUUGACACUGAAAAUUCUUCAAAAUUAAUAGGUGAUUCUUCUGAGUCUAUACAGGGGACAUUUAGCUACAAUUCUACUAAGUCUACAAAUGUAGAUGAUUUGUUAGGCGUUUUUGGUUCAAAUUAA